AUGUUUAAAAUAAGUAAUAUUAAAAUUUCUAAAAUUUAGAACUCAAAUUUGUAUUAAUUUAAUGCAAUAUUUUAGUUAAAAUAACUGAAAAUAAUUGAGGAACAUUAAAAAGCUGUUUUUUAAUCUAGAAAUUCUUUAAAUAAGUAUUAAUAAUAAUUUAUGAUUUGUUCUUUUGAUUAAUGCAAUAAGUCUAUAAGUUUAGAGUCUUUAAUUAAUGGAUUGGCUCUAUAAUGUUUAUGGUGUUCAAAAGCCUUUUAUUGUUGUGAAAAUUGUAGAAAGUUAGAUAGGUAACAAAUAGAAAGAAAUUAAAUGUUUAGCAAGCAUAAAUUAUAAUGCGUAGGUAUCUAAUAAACAGUUCCUGUAAAGAAAGAGAAUAUUAUAAAAGAAAUGAAAUUAUUAGAAUAAAUAGGUAAAGGAUUUUUUGGAACAGUGUAUAAAAUUUUAAUAUAAGAUCAAUUAUAUGCUCUAAAGAAGAUGAAUAAAAAUUUAUGCUAUAAGGAGGUUAGAAUUCAUAAGCAUUUGAAUCAUAAAAAUAUAAUAUAGUUUCAUUAGUUUUUAGAAGAUGAAGAAUACAUUUAUAUAAUCAUGGAAUAUGCAUGUAAAUAAUUUAUUAAUUUUAAGCUUAGGGUACAUUAACAUAAAAUAGAGAUAAUUGUAAUGUAUAGAAUAUCUUCAAAUAAAUGUGUGAAGCUACUAUGUAUCUUCAUGAAAAAGGAAUAAUUCAUAGAGAUUUAAAACCUGAUAAUAUUGUAUUAGAUGAUUAUGGGAAUCCUAAAAUAUGUGAUUUUGGAUUGGCUACAUAUGAAAAUGUAAUAAGUAGUUUUUCUGGAACAUUUGAAUUUAUGGCACCAGAAGUCAUUAAAAAUUUACCUCAAACUUAGAAAAUUGAUGUAUGGUCUUUAGCUGCUAUACUAUACUGGUUGUUAGAAAACAAACCAUUAGUAGAAGGUUUAAUAAUAAACAAAUUUAGGUAAUUAGAUAGAGAAGAUGUAGUAAAUUCUAGAUUUUACCUAACCUUAAUUUACUAAAAUAACAAAUCCAUUUAUUAAGGAUUUAUUAAAUCAGAUGUUAGUACCAGAUCCUGAUAAAAGAAUUUCAUUAUAAAAUGUGCUUAAUCAUAAAUGGACAUAGAAUGAAAGUAUAGAUAUUAUUGAGAAAGAAAUUAAUGAUAUUUCUACUUAACCAAGUAUUUAAAGAUAGCAAUAAAUUGAAAUUUAAUAAUAAUUGUAAAAAAAUGAUGUGAGUAUGUUAUAAAAAAUUAUAUCACUUUUUGGUUGUGGUGGUAGAGAGAAACAGUAUUGAUAUUGAUUUUGAUUUUAGAUUAUUGAAUUUUUAGUUUUU